GUGAAAAUUACGUCUUGGAGGACAUUGUAUAUUGUGUGGCUAAUAUUAUAGACAGAAAUUCAAACAAAGUCGCUUCUCUGUUUAAGACAACUACACGCAAAAGAAAAGGCUUAUAUAAGCCGUGCUCUUCUGCUUAAGGUCUGAUACAAUAGCUGGGAUGCCUAAUUUCUUUCAUAAUUUACCCUUUAAUGGGAGGAACUGGAAAUUUCACAGUAAGAAUUUUACAGAAGAUUUAUUUAUCAGAUAUAUAAGUGCUGUAAGCCCUCGACAAAGACCUCUGCGUGUGUGUUUACGUUUGUAGUGACUUAUAAACGACACUGCUCUGUUUUACUGUCGCCUUGAGCCACAAUAUUAGAAAAAAAAAAACCUGCUCCGUUUUAAAUAGCUAAGAAUGCUUCACUUCUGCACUUUGGUGUGUUUUAUAUGUAGUGUGUUUUAUACAGAUAUGUUUGUGUAGCGUAGAGUUUUAGAGUUUUUUCAUGUAGUAAAGUUCUGGUAGUUUUUCGGUAGUGAGGUCUUGGGCCCCAGUUUUCAGUAAAAAAAAACAACAACAAUGAAGCUUCUGGAAAAUUCGAGUUUUGAGGCCAUUAAUACUCAACUUACCAUAGAGACUGGAGACUGUAAGAUAAUCGGAAGGAUUGAAAGUUACUCCUGCAAAAUGGCAGGCGAAGACAAGCAGAUGUUUAAGCAGUUCUGUCAGGAGGGACUGCCUCAUGUGCUGGAAGCUCUGUCACCUCCUCAGUUGUCUGGAAUCAGCCCUAACAAGCUUAGUCACAGUCAAAGUGGCGAUGAAGUGGAGAGUCCACUUUCUGAUAAAUGUAGCAGGAAGACUCUGUUCUACUUGAUUGCUACUCUCAACGAGUCCUUCAGGCCGGACUACGACUUCAGCCGUACCCGAGGGUGUGACUUCAGUAGAGAGCCCAGUGUCAAUUGGGUGUUUAAUGCUGUGAAUAGUAGCUUGUCUACUGCUGCUGGGGAGGCAUACAGCAGCUUGCAGCAUCAGCUCUGGGAGGCCAUUGACAAUGAAAUCAGUUUGGCUGAGUGUGACAUUUAUAGCUAUAAUCCAGACCUUGAUUCUGACCCAUAUGGAGAAGAAGGCAACAUGUGGUCCUUCAACUAUUUCUUCUAUAAUAAGCGGCUGAAAAGAAUUGUGUUCUUCACAUGCCGGUCUGUUAGUCUUUUUAUGACUCCACAAGACUCGGGCAUUGAAACGGAGCUGCACCUGGACUUGGACGAAGGUGGCUUUCAGGAGGAGGAGGAGAACGUGGAUGAAGAGAGGUAUCGAAUAUUAUGUGCCCAGUGAAGAUGUAAUAAUACUGCCUUGCUUCUGAAUGCCUUGGGUGUCUCUUGGAGUCACAUUUCGUUUUCUGUUUUGUAAUAAGUGGUUGUUCUUUAUGAAUAUGGUAGGAUAAAAUCUUUCAUUAACAGGAACUUCACACAUUGGGGUUUAUUUUUUAAGUGUUUUAGUGUGAAAUUCCUGAGAAAUUCUGACCAAAUUUUUUAUGUAAUAAAAAUUGAUCAUUACAUUAUUUAAAGUCAAUUGUUGUAUUUUACACAUCAUUAAUAAUCAGCGUGUUGAAUGAACCAUUUUUCUCUUUGCUGUUUAUACCUUCUGGUCCUUUUUAAAUGACUACAUCUUUCAGACUUACAUUUUACAAUUACAUUUACUGUCUGUGCACAAUUUAAGACUAGUGGUUGCCAAAGUGGAAUUGUAAUUUGAUAUUUUAAGUUUUUAAACUGGUGUAAUUCUGUCAUUAUGAAAAAAACUACACCAGUCCUUACACUCAUUGUACAUUGUCAUUCAUGAAAACACAGAUAUAAAUGAUUUGUCUUAAAUCGUGCCUACAUACACAGGAAAUCGACCUGCAAAUAGACGUUUGUCUUAAUUAUUAGCAGACUUUUUGUCCCAUUUUUUUUUCUGCCAUGUUUGUCCACCCCCUCCACCAGUAAGCUUUAAGAAUGAUCACUUUUAUGUACCUAGUAUGUAUCAACCUUUGUUUGCUGUGAUAUUAAGGGAUCAAACAUGUUUGAUUCAUAUUGUCAUAAGUUUUUGUGGGGCAUUUUCUUAGAGUAUGUUAGGGUGGCCACUGAGCAGUUUUAUUGUUGUUUCAUUACCGUUGUUUUGGGGUUGAUGGCUUUGGGAAAUCAUUUAGAUCUGAAGUAAGGCCAGCCAACAUCAUAAUAUGAUAGCUUUAUUGAAGUAUAUUAACAUAAAGAUACACUUUUCGGAGGUUAAUGGGUAUAACUUCUAUUUAAACAAGACAGUGAUUUUUUUGGCUUGACUUUAAUACCUGUUAAAUAUGUUGAAUCUUUUUUUCCUGGAUGCAAAUUUAUAUAACCGAAGCUGUACCAUUUGGUUAAUUUCCAUUAAAUGAUUAUUAUUUGCAUAAUCAGGGUUCCCACGCGUCCUGGAAAACCUGGAAAUCCUGGAAAAUUAAUGACCAAUAUUCCAGUCCUGGAAAACACAUGGAAAAUGAGAGAAAACAUAAAUUGUCCUGGAAAAAAUCUUGUUGUUCUGGAAAAUUAUUUUUAAAUGUUCUUGAUCAUUUAAAGAACAGUUUACAACUGGUCGAAACAAUUAACGUUAGUAACAGAAAGCGCUCUGUUCAGGGACGCUGAGUUUUGACGGGUUUUUUGUUAUGCUGUUUAAUCUCGCUGUGACGGAUGACGCUGUCUUGUGCUGGCGGUUUCAGGUGCUAGGAAUGGUUUAAGUGCUCGAAUGUUUUCAGCAAAUGGUGACGGGUAAGCAGGUUAUAUUAACCUUGUUAAUCUGAGUAUCAUGUGCAAGGGGAAUCCACAGCAAACUAAAGCAUGCAUGACUGCAUUGGCCUGAGAAAGGAACGGGUAUUAAUGUGUGGUCUUUUUAUUUUAUAAAUGUUGAUAUUUCAUUCACAUGACAAAUUGUCUUUAAAAGUAUAGUUAAGUAAUAGCCAUAAAGUGUACGUUGUUUUUAAGACUUCUGGAGAGAAGAACAUAUUACUUUAGGCUGUGAAUCUGUGAGCCUUGUAUUUUUUUGCUAAAUUUGAAAUGUCCUGGAAAAGUCCUGGAAAAUGAUCUCUGAAAAAGAGUGGGAACCCUGAUAAUCCAUGUUGAGAUUCAGUUCAAAUUCACUGGUUUUAUGAUCAACAAUUCCCUCCUAAUGUUUUUCAAGUUAAAUUUAAUAGUAAUAAGCUCAGUAUUUUCUGUGAUUGAAGCUACUCAAAAAAAAAAAUGAUGGUGUUAUGAAUAAAUACAAAGUCAUCAUUAGGAAUUAUUGGUUUGUUUUUUCCCAAAUGAAUGAUGAAUAUGUGUUUGUUUAUAUCUGAAUAUUUGUUUUUUGGCAUUUGUGACUGGACUGUGUUGUGCUUUUAUAUUGAACUGUGAUACUUUUGUACUUUUCUAAUCAGAUAAGCUACAGGAAACAAGUAAGAAUACUGUCACACAUUAUUGGAUUUUAAAUGUAUUUUUCUUCUCAAAAUAUUUUGUUUUGUACUCAAAAUAUUUAUGUUUAGGUGAACGCAGACUUCAACCUCACAGAAAAGAGCUUUGAAAAGCUUAAAGUUGUAAUUGAAUGUGUUUAUUAUAUUUGUACUGUAUAUUAAAUGAGUCUUUUGUUAUGGAAAACCUUUUUUUUUUUAUGUAUAUGGCCAACUCAGAAGAUGAACAUGGUCAGACUUGUGUGCUUUUUGCUCUAAAAUGCUCUAAAAUGCACCAAAUUAUGGGUUGAUUUUUUUUUAUAAUAAUAAUGAUAAUAAACAUUAAAAUAAA